GUUAAAAAAUCGUUUCUCUUCGGAUAAACAAUGGAUGCAAAUUUUGGAGAACGGUCACACGACACAGACGUUAUUGAAAAACUGAAACAAUUUCAUGAUGCAGCAACGAAAAUCGAAGAUAAAGUUAAACAUGUUACUAAUCCAACAGUAUAUGAAAAACUCUCUAAUACAGAUAAAAUAGAGUAUAAUCUGCUAAUGUCUUAUUGUCUAAAUAGUGUAUUUUGGAUGUAUCUACGUGCAGAAGGAAUUGAUCCAUCAAAACACCGAAUAAAGCAAGAAAAUGAUCGUUUAAAGAAGUCCAUGGCACGUGCAAAGCAAAUUAACGAUAAAAAAACAAUUAUGCCUCAUAUAAACAAAGAUGCAGUACAAAGGUUUGUUAGACACGGACUAUGGGAAUUGAAGAACAAAAAGAAAUGAUAUCAAGAUAGCUGAUAUAUGAUGAUGUGUGUAAACUAAUUUUGUUGUAUAACGUCCUAAAUUUAUGAACAAAAAUAUGUUGAAUAUAAAAAUGUAACCUAAAAUUUACUACACAAUUAAAAUUUUUUUUAAUAAAUCGAUUGUUUAAGAGAAUUGUAUAAAUAAUACCUUUGCAUAAAUAGAUAACUUCUAUUAAAUUCUAUACACUAUAUCCUUCAAACAAAAAAAAAUAACUUCAUGUAUCUGUGAGAUACAUAGGUUUUAUAUUUGUUUACCUUAUAAACCAUAUUACCUUAUAUUGUGACCUUAUUUGUAUUCUUAUAACCUAUAAA